AUGGCUUCUACGGGAGUCGACUACGCGGGCGCAGCCCCGGCGUACGGGAGCGACAAGACCGGCGGGGAUGCCGAGAAAAAUGCCUUCGGCCGGCCGUCCAGCAUCGCGGAGUCGGUGCACAUGGGCAAGGUUGACCAAACCCACCGAAAGCUUAAGAGCAGGCACAUCCAGCUCAUUGGAAUCGGUGGCACAAUCGGUACGGCGCUCUAUGUCCAGAUUGGCAGAAGCUUGCUUCAGGGUGGCCCAGCGUCUCUGUUCAUUGCCUUCUCAUUAUGGUGCAGUGUCAUUCUGGCUGUAACAAUUUCCAUGGCCGAGAUGGUGACUUAUCUACCAAUCUCCUCACCCUUCAUUCGAUUUGCCGGUCGGUGGGUGGACGAGGCAAUUGGGUUUGCAACGGGCUGGAACUUCUUCAUCUUCGAAGCCGCGAUGGUUCCGUUCGAAGUCACUGCUUGCAACCUGAUCAUUCACUUCUGGAGUGAUGCUGUUCCCGUUGGCGCAAUCAUUGCCAUCACCAUGGUUUUGUACGCCUUGAUCAACAUCCUGGCCGUGAAAUGGUACGGCGAAACCGAGUUCUGGGCCGCUGUGGGCAAGGUCCUCCUUAUUGUCGGUCUUAUCAUCUUCACCUUCAUUGUCAUGCUUGGAGGAAAUCCGAUGCAUGAUAGAUUCGGGUUCCGAUAUUGGUACGAACCGGGUGCUUUCGCCGAGUGGUAUCACACGGGAGAUCUAGGCCGUUUCAUGGGCUUCCUCCAGUGUCUCAUUCAAGCGUCGUUCACCAUUGCCGGACCCGACUACGUGUCCAUGGCUGCGGGAGAGGCCGAGAAUCCCCGUGGGGUGAUGCCGAGAGCCUUCAACGCCGUGUUCUAUCGUCUGACUGCAUUCUUCAUGCUCGGCUCUCUGUGUGUCGGCAUUCUGGUCCCGUACAACGACAAGACGAUGAGUGAUGCUUUUAGUAACUCUGCUCCUGGUGCUGCAGCUUCGCCCUAUGUCGUCGCGAUGGGACGUUUGGGAAUACCGGUCCUGCCUCACAUUGUCAAUGCCCUCGUACUCACAGCUGCGUUCAGCGCAGGCAAUAGCUAUGUUUACUGUGCAUCUCGAUCAUUAUUCGGCAUGGCACUUGAAGGCAAGGCGCCUGCUAUAUUUACCAAAUGCUUGAAGAACGGGGUGCCCAUCUACAGUGUCGUCUUCGUCCUCCUCAUCUCGCUUCUCUCGUUCCUCCAAGUCAGCUCAAGUACCGCCACUGUCCUGAGCUGGUUUGUCUCCUUGAUUACUGCAUCCCAGCUGAUCAACUACUGCGUCAUCUGCGCUACGUACUUAUGCUUCUACCGGGCGGUGCAUGCUCAAGGGAUCGAUCGGAAGACACUCCCAUACGUAGGGAAACUUCAGCCGUACGCUGCGUGGUACGCGUUCAUCGCAACCUUCGUAAUGGCUUUCGUCGGUGGCUACACCGUCUUUUUGCCUGGGAGAUGGGAUCUGUCAAGCUUUCUGUUCUCUUACAUGAUGAUCUUCAUCUUCCCUGUGCUCUUUAUCAUAUGGAAACUUAUUCACAGGACGAAAUUCCAUAAGCCGGAGGAAGUCGACCUGAAGCAAGACCUGGCUGGAAUCGAAGAAUACCACAGGACUUUCGUAUCGCAGCCUGCAAACUCUAUGUUUGAAAGGGCAUUGGACAAGGUUUUCGGUUAG